CAAUCAAUCAAUCAAUCAAUCAAUCAAUCAGAGCUGCUGGGUCCUGAAGUAGUUGGUCCACACACACACAGACACACUCACAGACACACACAGAAGUUUCCCAGGAAAGUUGAGUUUAUAUAAAGUUAUUAGGCUUUGAGGUGUUUUUGUUCUCACACUGUUAGUUGUCAUUAUGCGGUUGAGUUGGGGAUUAGUGUUAAUGCACGUAUGGCUGUGUGUGUCGGAGUGGUUUGUGGUCACCGGCGCUUUCACACAGUCUCUGGACAGCGACUUCACCUUCACACUGCCUCCCGGACACAAGGAGUGUUUCUACCAAACCAUGAAGAAAGACGCAUCUCUGGAAAUAGAGUAUCAGGUCCUGGAUGGAGCAGGACUGGACGUGGAUUUCUACCUGUCCUCUCCUACAGGUCACAUUCUGGCCUCAGACUUCAGGAAGUCUGACGGAGUUCAUACAGUGGAGACGGAGGAGGGAGACUACAUGUUCUGCUUUGACAACACCUUCAGCGCAGUGUCUGAGAAGAUCAUUUUCUUCGAGCUCAUUCUGGACAACAUGGACGAUGGAGAAGAUCCCAAGAGCUGGAAGGAGUACGUGCAAGGUGCUGACCUGCUGGACAUGAAGUUGGAAGACAUCAUGGACACGAUAAACAGUGUGAAGGCGAGAUUAGGGAAGAGUCUGCAGAUCCAGGCGGUUCUGAAGGCCUUUGAGGCGCGUGACCGCAACCUGCAGGAGAGCAACCUCGAUCGUGUCAACGUCUGGUCCUUCACUAACAUGGUAGUGAUGGUGGUUGUGUCCUGCGUGCAGGUCUACCUGCUGCGCAGCCUCUUUGACGACAAGAGGAAAACACACACGUAACCUCUGCUCAACAUCCAGGACUGAAAAGAGAAAAUAUCUCUUCCUCUUCUCCGUCCACUCGAGCUGAACCAAGAACACCCUGGUUUCAUUUCUCAGUCUAGAAAAUAAGACACAGAUCUUAUCUGAGCUGCUACAGGUUACAGACCUCACAGUAAAAAGGACAUGAUGGGUUUUUAACUUAAAGUAUUAACAUAUAUUGUCAGAGCUACUUAUAGCAUCAUUUUAUAGCAAAUAAAGACACACAUCUACACUGA